AAUUAUUUUUAACUAAUUGUUUUAGAAAUUGAAGUGAUAAAGUUGGAAAUGAAGAAGCUAGAAGAAGAAAAUUCUCUUCAAAAAGAGAAAAUUGGAGAAUUAGAAGAUGCAUUAGUAAGGCGUAAUAUACCUGAUAUACCUACUUCACCUUCAAUUAUUUAUUUGAACGACUCCGUUGGUGUUGAUAAGAAUAAAUACAAUCUCUUAAAAAUAACAAAAAAGGCAUCGUUGUUUGUUGGAAAUCUUGCAGAAUUGGUUUUCGGUCAAGAAACACUAAAAACACAUUCGGUUCAUGGCAAGGUCAACAAUAAAUAUAAAAUAGCCAAAAAACCACGACUAGAAGAAGUCAAAUUAAAUGCAGUUUUUGUUGGCUUUGUCAAAUGGGCUCAAGAACAAAAAUGGACCCAGCUACAGUUUGAAAAAGAGUCAACAAAAUUCUUUAAAUAUAUAAACAAUAAAAGAUCAUCGCUUCUCAAUAAAAAUAAAUGCUUUAAGAAAAAGGGACAAGAGUCAAAUGUUUCGCCGAUAAAGGGCGAAGGAGAAGAAUGCAGAAUACCAGUGGCACAGGAGAAUAAUGAAGGGCAAAUUGUCGACAUAAAAAUAGAAGUAAAAGAAGAACAAGAUGAUGGAGAGGAACAUAAUGGCGAAGAUUUAGACAUGGAUUUUGAUAACAUUUCUCAAAGUAAAAGUAAUAAAGAAUUAAUUAGAGAAAUGCAAGAGAAAUUCUACGAAAAUGGCAAACGAGAAAAAGAAGAAGAAAUUGUAACAGAAAUAAAAAGAGAAGUAAUUUACUUUCAAGAUGUACUCUAUGAAGAACCAGACAAACAGCUAUUGACUACGAGGAAAAGAAGAGCGGACGCGGACGCGGACGGCAUGAAUGAACGCAAAGAAAAAGAAAAUUUACGAAAAAUUCCCCGACAUAUUGAAUUGAAAGGAAAAUCCCAAUGGCAAAAAUUAUUGGUGGCAAAUAUUGAUUUCUGAAUUUUAUCAUAAUCGAAUCCAAAAAUAAGAUAGAAAUUCAUCUUUUCAGUAUUAGCUCAAAAGUUCUACUUUCUGUGUAUCGUUUUAGUAUUAUCAACAAAUAUGUAAAAUUACUUACAUUUAUAAUUGUUUAUAAUUGUUUAUUGAAGAAGAUUUUUUUGGACUUUACGAUUCACUAACUUUUUAAAUAUUUUAUAUAAUUAUAUCUUGUGAGAUUUUUCAUUUAAAUAUGAAAUAUGACUAAAUUAUUCGAAAAAAAGAAAAGUCUAAUCAGUAAAGAAUAAUGGAUACCUAGUUUGAUUACAGGACCAUAAAAGUAUAAAAUAUAAAUGUAAAUUUUAGAAUUUAACUAUGUACAUUAUUAUGAUUUGCAUUAUUAUACGUUAGUUUUAAUUUUUGUACUGUUAAAAAAUAUAUUUAUUUAUGAGGCA